UUUUUAUUCGAUUCGGGUUCGGAUCGUAGAAGAUGGAUUUCGGGGCGCUGCUGCACUACGCAAAGAAGAAGAACGAUGCGGCCACCAAGGACGAGCGCCCUGGACAGGGCAAAUACUACAGCACCAAGUAUGCGCCCCCCAAAAAGGAGUCCAAGGAGUCCAAACAGCUGUCCAACAACAUCCAGAAGUUCCUCCGGAAAAAGGAGGCGGAGGAGGCGGAACGAAAGCGAGAGGAGCGCCAGAAACUCAACGAACUGCUGGCCAAAAGGGAUGAGAAGUCCAAGAAUAAGAUUCGUAAAAUGCUCAAGGUGACCAAGUCAGCGAACAAGUCCGUUCUGGAGGAUGCCAAGGACUGCGAUGGAGCAACCGAUGGCCACGAGGCGGGCGAAGGUCAGGGCGAUGACUAUGGCUAUGUGUCCAACGAGGCGAACGCCUUCUACGAAAAGUACAUAGAGAAAGUGCGGGACGUGCAGGAGGACAAGGGAUUCGCGCCCAGCAGGCCGCAAUCCCUGCGAGAUCUCUCCGGGACCAAGGAACGCGUUAAGGCGGCCAUAACCAGGGAAAGGGAGGAGGCCAGGAGUCACACGCGCCAGCGGAGCGGUACCAGCAGUACGCCAUCCUCGUCCACCGCUUCCAAGUCGAGGGAAGCCAACGUGGCUCGUUCCUACGGCUCCUCGAAAAACCUUUACGAUCCGGAGGCGGAGAAACGCGAGGAGGAGCGCAAGAAGCGGCAGGAGGAGGAGCAGCGCAGGGCUAAGGUGAAGCGACCAGCUCAGCCGCCACCCAUGGAUUUCCAGGCCCUCCUCCGCCUGGCCGAGAAAAAGCAACACGAACCCGUGGUCUUUGAGCCCGAGAAAAAGAAGGAGCCUGAGCGUUUGCUUUCCGCCCGGGAGAAACGCGAAAUGGAGGAGCGCCAGCGGCAAAAGGAGCAGCGCGCCCAGCGCGACAAGAUGCGGGAAAGCGAAGGCAAGGAGUCAUCGGCAUCGGCACCAAAACCCACCAACACCACCAAUCGCAUGGAGCCCAAUGGACGCAUACCCAAGCUGAAUCAAGCCAGGCCGGCAAAUCCGCCAAGUGAAAGCUUUAAAAAACCAGCCCCACCGCCAGCGAAAAGCAGCUCCAGCUCCUCCGGCUCCUCCAGUUCCAAUUCCCAUUCCUCUACUAGCCGUAGUCCUGCCUCAAGUAUAAAGCCCGCCAGUAAGACAGCUCCCUCGGCCGCCAAGCCAGGAGCGCCUGCAUCGGCGGGGAAACCCAGCUCCAGUUCUAGUAGGGAUGCCCCCUCCAAGAACCCCUAUGCGGCGGCCAACAAAAACGGAGCUGUGCGGGAGUUUCCGCCCAGGGAUCGGCCUGCAGUCCCGUCCAGGGAUCGACCUGCAGUCCCGUCCAGGGACCGACCUGCAGUCCCGUCCAGGGAUCGAUCCGCUCCUCCGGCGGCGGGCAAAACGCGACAGUUUCCGCCUGCGGAUGUGCAGAGAUCAUCGGGCGGCAGGCAGUUUCCGCCGGCCGAUGUCAAGAGGCGAAAACCGCAAGAACAGCCAGGCAAUAAAAGACGCAUUUACGACGACGAGGACGAGGACGAGUACGAUUCCGAGUUGGAUGACUUCAUUGACGAUGGCGACUGCGAGGAGGACAUAUCCUCGCACAUCCGUGACAUCUUUGGCUAUGAUAAGCGGCGGUAUCGCGGAAUUGACGACGAUGAUCGGGGGAUGGAGUCAAGUUUUGCGCAGAUGCAGCGGGAGGAGUUCAUCAGCAAAAAGCUGGGUCUGCAAGAGGACCUGGAGGACAUGCGCAUGGAGGCGGCGCACAAGAAACAGAAAAUGGCCAAAAAGCGGUGCAAACGCAUCGAUGACGACGACGAUGACUAGUCGGUCGUGAAAAUCUCAAAUAUCCGUAAUGCGGCCUUGAACGGGGCAUCCUCUACCAUUGUGUUAUUUUAUCUGGAGGAUGUUCCGAAGGUCGGGCAAUGCUGAAUCCGGGAGCUGUGCCUCUCGAGUUUAAUUAUUGGCCAGAUAUUUUUCAACUAAUUAUGUGCCCUAGUUUAGUACAAGCAUACCUAAACACACACACACACCUUCCGCAAGGUGCGCCUAUAUAUAUAUAUAUAGAUAAUCGUCUAUUUUUGCAAUCAGAAACACCCAACGUAAAAACUAACUUCGGCUAGCCGAUGGCAAUAUUUAAAUAAUGGCAAUUUUAUAAAAUAUAUUUCACUUUCGGUUUUCCUUCUGAAGUUUUCGCUUUCAAUAAGAAUGGAAAUUGAAUUCCAUGGCUUAUUGAGUGCUUUAAUGACCCUUUGGCUUUAAACCCUCCAAAAAAGUGCUUCGUUGCCUUGAGGAGGGCAUUUACAUAUUUACCCUGAAUUUGUCAUUCUUAAAUAAAAACCUAUUUUUAUACACUGGUUGAUUUAACGUUCUCUUUUUUUUUGUUUUUACCAAUGAAAUGUACUUUAUAUAGACCCAAAUAAAAAUUUGCAGAAUCAAUUCAA